CCCUACAACGCUCUUUGCCUCUUCCUCUUCCCUCUCCCUCCACAUCCUGCACAUCUUCCCCCCUCUUGCCUCCGCGGAUGCCUCAGCCUCGCUCAGCCCCGCAACACAGCAUCCCGGCCAAUGGUCGUUGCAUCCACGGCAACUGUGGACGCAGCGAGAAGGCGCAGCGCUCCUUUCUGAUCUGAUCUGAUCCGAGCUCACUGCGGAUUGACUUGUGAAGCGGGGAGCACCGGGGACACUAGGGGACCGAGGAGAAGCCCGAGAGGGGCCACGAUCUCAUUUCGCAAUGCCGGUGCCAGACCAGCCAGCGGAUCAGGAGAAGGGAGCCAUGGUUCCCCCUGUGAUGCCAGCAUCCAAUGGAGACAGAUCUGAAACAGAGACAACCUCCUCCAUCCUUGCUUCUGUCAAAGAACAGGAGCUUCAAUUUGAACGUCUAACAAGAGAACUUGAAGCCGAGCGUCAAAUUGUUGCCACCCAGUUGGAGAGAUGCAAGCUGGGAUCAGAGGCAGGCAGCAUGAGCAGUAUCAGUUCAACGGAUGAGCAAUUCCGCUGGAACUCUCAAGGCAUCAUUCAACAUGCAGAUGGACAAAAGGAUAUUGAGGAUGAGUUAACCACAGGCUUGGAGCUGGUUGAUUCCUGCAUUCGCUCCCUUCAGGAAUCAGGAAUACUUGAUAGUGGAGAACGACCGGCUCUUCUUUCCCAGAGUUCCUUGCAGCUCAACUCCACCCCGGAGGCUUCGCUUCAGUACUCUGCCAGCUACCAUAGCAACCAGACCCUCGCCCUUAGCGACAGCAUCUCUGCAGCAGCUCCUCAGCGCAGCGGGCAGGUCGGAGGAGCGGUGCACAGCUACAAUCAGGUGACAUCUAAUCGUGCAGCCCAGCAGCAACAAUCACACACUGGGGCAGGGUCAGGUUUUUACUACUCCAGCUCCACCUUACCUGCCCAGCGAGUCAGUUCUCCUCUGUCUGCCGGAGGAGGUUCAGGGUCCGGCUCCCCCAGCAAGCAUCAACGCCUGGGAUCAGCCUCCGACACAGCAGGAUACUCUACCACUCAACGAUUGCCUUCCUCUUCCUCUCCCAGCAAACAGUCUCCCUCUAAUCGACUGGCCAAGUCAUACAGCACUACAGUUGCUGUGACAGCAGCAGGUGGGGGCGGGUCUCCCCAUCGGGUGACAUCUCCACCAAACUCUGCAGCAUCAGGAGGAGGGGCCAGUUCAUCAUCGUCCCCUCUUCACCAGAUGAGUUCAGGCAUAGGGAGCUAUGCUACUCUGUCUCCCAAACGGCUGGCAGCUCACCACGCCUCUGACCAGUACAAGAUCUCCCACGAGCUCUACGCUACCGCUACACUGCAGAGACCUGGAAGUCUGGCAGGCUCUCGUGGUUCCUACAGCAGUCAGCACAAUCAGGAGCCCCUCCGACCCUUGGGGUCCCCAGAACAUCACAUAGAUCCCAUCUAUGAGGAACGUGUCUAUCACAACAAGGGCCCCAUGAGGAGCCUGAGUCAGAGCCAGGGACCAGACACCGGCCCCUACCGAAACAACACUGACCUGAUCAUGCGUGUCCAUAACAAGGUCCAUGACCUAAGUUAUGUCCUCUGUCCCUACUUUCCUACCAUAGCACCCUCCUCCCCUGGUGUCGACUCCGCCCCUUUGCAGCGCACAGGAAGCCAUGGCACGGGGACGGGAAGCUACAACCGUGGAGGAACCAACAACUAUGCCACAGUUGGGCCAGGAUACACCUCAAGUGGAGGUGUUGGAAGCGGCGAUGUGUAUGGAUCGGAUCCGUAUGUGGCCGACCCCUACCGCACACUGCAGUACUGCCCUUCGGUGGUGGAGUCUCCCUACAGCAAGUCUGGACCAGCCCUGCCCCCUGAAGGCAGCCUGCAGCGAUCCCCUUCCAUCGACUCCAUUCAGAAGGACCCUAGAGAGUUUGGGUGGAGAGAUCCGGAGCUGCCAGAGGUGAUUCAGAUGUUGCAGCACCAGUUCCCGUCUGUGCAGUCCAACGCUGCAGCCUACCUACAACAUCUCUGUUUUGGAGACAACAAGAUCAAAGCUGAGAUACGUAAACAGGGAGGCAUCCAGCUGUUGGUUGAUCUACUGGACCACAGGAUGAGUGAGGUUCACCGCAGCGCCUGUGGGGCCUUGAGGAACCUGGUUUACGGCAAGGCCAACGACGAGAACAAAGUGACUCUGAAGAACUGCGGGGGGAUUCCUGCCUUGGUCCGUCUGCUGAGGAAAACUGGAGAUGUGGAAGUAAAAGAACUUGUUACAGGUGUGCUGUGGAACCUGUCAUCAUGUGAUGCACUGAAGAUGCCAAUCAUCCAAGAUGCUCUGGCAGUUCUGACUAAUAGCGUCAUCAUACCCCACUCCAGCUGGGACUCCUCCCCCAAUAACCAUGAAGACCGCAAGCUCCACCUUCACACCUCUCAGGUGCUGCGCAACGCUACAGGCUGUCUCAGGAAUGUAAGUUCAGCAGGUGAGGAGGCGAGACGGAGGAUGAGGGAGUGUGACGGCCUGACAGAUGCUCUGCUCUACGUUAUCCAGACCUCUCUGGGAGGCAGUGAGAUCGACAGCAAGACUGUAGAGAACUGUGUUUGUAUUCUGAGGAACCUGUCAUACCGCCUGGCUGCUGAGACCUCCCAUGGCCAGCAAGGGGGCUUGGAAGAGUUGGACGGCCUGCUUUGUGAUGCCAACGGCCACGAGAGCGAGAGCUCCGGCUGCUGGGGCAAGAAGAAGAAGAAAAAGAAGGGAGCUGAGCAGUGGGAUGGCGUGGGCCCUUUUCCAGACACGCCGGAGCCCCCCAAGGGGGUUCAGAUGCUGUGGCACCCCACCAUUGUCAAGCCUUACCUCACGCUGCUUUCUGAAUGCUCAAAUUCUGACACCCUGGAGGGCGCGGCCGGGGCUCUGCAGAACCUGGCUGCAGGCAGCUGGAAGUGGUCGGUGUACAUUCGGGCUGCUGUGCGUAAAGAGAAAGGCCUUCCUAUCCUGGUGGAGUUGUUGAGGAUAGACAACGACAAAGUGGUGUGUGCUGUGGCCACUGCUCUCAGAAACAUGGCCCUGGACAUCAGGAACAAGGAGCUUAUUGGUAAAUACGCCAUGAGAGAUUUGAUCCAUCGGUUACCCGGCAUCAGUACCAGCACUAACAAUAAUGCCACCAGCAUCGGGACCUCUGGAACAACAGGCCCUCCCAGCAAGACCAUGUCAGACGACACAGUAACUGCCAUCUGCUGCGCACUGCAUGAAGUGAUCACCAAAAAUAUGGAAAACGCAAAAGCCCUACGCGACGCUGGUGGCAUCGAAAAGCUCAUCGGCAUCGCACGCAGCAAAGGAGACAAACACUCAGCAAAGGUGGUAAAGGCAGCUUCUCAAGUCCUCAGCAGUAUGUGGCAAUACAGAGACCUGCGCUCUCUCUACAAGAAGGACGGUUACUCCCAGUAUCACUUUGUGGGCUCUGCCUCAACAAUAGAGAGAGACCGACAGAGGCCCUACUCUUCAUCACGAACUCCCUCCGUCUCUCCCGUCAGGACAUCCCCAAAUAAUCGCUCUGGUGAGCAACCGAGCGCUCCAGCCUCCCCCAGAGACAUGAUGAGUCUGAAGGAACGCAAGAUGGACUAUGAUUCCACGGCAACCAACGCUGGUUUCCAUAGCAACAAAGGAGAGCACACAUCACGGAAAGACAGCAUGGCAGUUCAAGUGUCAUGUGGGACAUCCACGUUGUUCCGAAACUCUUACUUGACUGCCAGCGAUGACAUCAAGCAGAACCAGGCUCCGGCCCAGCCCUGCGUUGUGCCCCCUCAACCCCAGCAGGACAGCCCUUCAGCAGCUGUGCUAAAAGACUACGACCCCUACCCUCCCCCUCCCUCCUUCCCCCAGCCUCAGCCGCCGCAGCCUCCACCUCACAGCCAGAGCCGGAGCUUUGACGACACCUACUACGAGGACCAGGGACCACCGGCUCCCCCGUCCCAGCCCCAGCCGCAGGUCCAGGUGCAGGUCCAGGCCCAACCUCAGGCCCAGCCCCAGCAGAGCUCCGCCGGGCCGCCCAGGGACCCGCGGGAGGACCUACGGAUGCAUCUGGGCCUCAAGUCCACCGGCAACUAUGUAGACUUCUACUCAGCCUCUCGGCCAUACAGCGAACUGAACUACGAGACCAGCCACUACCCGGCCUCGCCCGACUCCUGGGUCUAGUGUGACGCUAAUCAUCGGGUGCAGGGGAGGGUCUGUGUGUGCUUGUGUGAAUGGGAAUAUUUUUGCAGGAGAUUAACAUCAGAUUAACAUGCAGUGACUGUAAGUGGCAUUUUGAAAAGGGAUGUCAUUUACAGUGGCAGGAAAUUUGUGUUCUUCGAAAUAAUCAAAGCAGAACUUAGAUGGAGUUAAAAGUGAAGUCAGGUAGAGAGACUGUGCAUGUGCAUGCAAACAUUUUUUUUUUUCCCCAGACCACUUUAUUUCUUUAUACUAAACUCAGUUUCAUCUAAGUGGACCUGGUGGGAGUCGGUAUGAGGGAGUGUGCGCGAGGAGAUUAUGCAGAUGGCUUGAGUAGACGAAAGAGAUAUGAUCAGGAAAUAAUAUGAGGCUGAGGAGAGAAAGCUGUCAGAGCCAGAAUUACCCUGACCCUCUGUGGUAAACAAAGAAAUGAAGAAAUUAGAGAACAAGAUGGCAUGAGGGCUCUUGAGGAGGUCAGGAAGAGUAAGGCAAGGACAAAGACGAACCAAGCACAAGACAGGAAGCGGAUGUGUACCAUUUCACCAAAGUGACAAACGUAGCAUUGGUUUUAUCCACCUUUUCAUUUUCAUUGCCUUGCCACCUCUUGUGGCACCGAAAAUUUGUUUUUAAGGAAUGUCAUUCUUUUACGUCUUUUGUCUGUACUUUUCUACAUUUUCACUAACAAAAGGCAUUCUUAUUUUUUUGUGUAGAUAAAAGGUGAUACAGUGUGUAUAUUACACAUUUUAGAAGCGGUGCUUAUAAAUCAUCUUUUUUUUUUCAUGACUGACUAUUACUGACUGAAACAACAAACGCUUCAAAAAGAAGUGAAACAUGAACACAAGAAUCAAAAGAGACAGACAUCAUCAGGCUGGAUGUCAGUGGACGAUUGUUUUUUUUUUCCUCCUUUCCCAGCCAGAGAGGACAUCCUGCAGCAUCUGUGAUUUUUCUCUCGCCAUCAAGUGAGUUCUGAAGUGGACAUAAUCAAACGUCAAGAGCAUUUUAAGUCUGCAAGAGCUUCAGAUUGGCAGAGCAGCAUCGUUUCCGAAUCCCUGUCAAGAAAAGUGCUUUUUCACUGCCUAAACAAUGUAUGUGUAUGUUUAAAGCACACUGUCUUUGCGAAGGGUCGUCCUUCAACUUUGGGGAUCUGUUGUGUUUUUUUCCAGUGUCAACAUUCAGUGAUUUGUCAUCAUUACUUUUGCAUAAAAACUGGCCUGUUCAACAAAAUCCACCAUGAAUACAUGUCAGUGAGCAGUGGAAAUGCAUUUAAAAAAAAAGAGAAACAUGACAUUGUGCCAACCUUUGACACAUCGAGGACCAGUCAUAGAGGACUCUGAAGGGAAUUUCUGUCAAAGUUUACAGACGAUGACUUGAUGACUCCUUCUGCUGUUUGUAAAUCUUUUUCUUGUGUUUUAAUCAGGUGAAGCCGUACUUGUUGCUGGGGAUUAUGGGUAACUUCUCCCCACAUAGAUGUACAGACCUGCCUCUCUGUGUUGACCGGGCAUGUGUGAGUGUGUGUGUGUGAGUGUGUGUGGACAUUGGUGUGUUUGUGUACAGUAUAUGUGCAUGUAUGCGUGAGAAUGUGUGGCUUGUGCAUAUGUGUGUGUGUGUGUGAGCACACGUAAUCCUGAGUGAGUGUAUCUAUGCAUGCGUGUGUGUAGUGGUGUGUGUGUAUGUGUGUGUAUGUGUGUGUGUGUGUGUGUGCGUGUGCGUGCGUGAGUGUGUGUGUGUGUGUGUUUGUGUGUGUGAGCAUUCCUGUUUAAAUCAAUGUCCAAACAGCAUUCCUCCUGACAGUUUGUCUGGUUUUACAACAAAAAUUUAAAAAAAAUCAAGGUAAAAAUCACUAGAAUCAAUUGUUGAUAUAUAAUGACAAAUCUAUAAAUAUAUGAAUAUAAAUAUAUUAUUAUACAUAUGUAUAUAUAUAAAUAUAUCAAAUUUUUAUGUGCUGAUGUCAGUGUCACUUAAUGCAACUAAUGUUCACAGAGGGAAAAAAAAAGUUAUUAUGUGGUGUACAACAAAACUCUUGAUCCAAACAUUCAAACUGCUGAUUGGGAUCCAGUACCCCCCCCCCCCCCAACCCCAACCCAAACAAAGCAGAUGUCCCACCUGAAAAAGCUCAGGCUCCGGUGCGAGUUGUGUGUAAUUGUGUGUCCAUGCUUCUUAGAUGACCCUGCUGAGAGAGGACCGUACUUGAACACA